UUCACUGGAUGUUUGUUUCUGUUUACGCGGUUUUGAGGCAACUCGUCCAGAUCAAGGAUAAAUUCAAAGUUUCCCCUUUAUUAACGUAAUUUCUCAGUGACAGUAAGAUGAUAUUAGUCUGACCUCUGUUUUGGAAUAAAUUGCGAAGAUGAAAGACAAGAUCAGCAACGACUUGUCUUACAUAAAGGCUGGUUAUCAGAGUGAUAAAUGGAAGUGGGUUUUAAGUUUAUCCCAGAAUUCUGUUCUGCCAGCUGCUAGUGAUGUUGGACCUGCAACAUCAGUACCUUUAUCAUCUGAUACUUUAUCAUCAACUGCAGAGAAACAAGAUGAACAGGAAAGUAGAAUCAAUGAGGCUUGUUCUUAUUCUGAAGACAUGCAAAAGUCUGAUAGUAUCAAGCCAAGCUCCCCUUCAAAACAGUUUACUGUAGAGGAAGUCACUAGAGAAAAUUUGCUCAAGGUCUAUGGGUUGGACAAAGUUCCGAAAGUUCUUCCUUGCCCAAAGAAGUGUCAUAACAGUCCUUGGUGUUUAGCAGAACUUUUAAAUGGAUCACGUAAGGAAAAAGCUCGACCAACUGAUCAGCCAAGAGUUACUGGACAACCUGUUGGCCUGCAGAACACAGCAAAUACAUGUUGGAUUAAUUCGGCCUUACAAGCUCUAUACCAGCUUCCCAGAUUUCGAAAUGCCAUCAAUAGUGUUGAUGGAUUUAUUGGAGAAGAAAAUCUGUCUAGUAUGGUAUAUCUUCUUCAAGCAAUGUUUGUCGAUAUGGACACACAUGCUAAUAGAGCCAUUGCUUGUAGUCCUGGUAGUGUAUUUGAAAGAUUGGCUCUCUUUGCAACCCAAGAAAUAAUGGGCAAAGAUGCUGACCAUGAAGUUCUUAAAUGUGUCUCCGAGUUUUUAGAGAACACCAUCGAUACUCUUAUAGCUGAUCCACGUUUGGAGCCAGAACUCAGUCAGCUUUUUAGUGUUUCUCUGAUGAGAAUUGCCAGGUGGCAUUGUCCCAAUUGUGAAACUGACCAUGAAAACCAGUUAUCACCGGCCACUUCGUAUACGGUGGCAGCCUAUGUUAGUGCCGAAGAGUGUCCUCUUGACCAGUGUCUUGUCGAUUUACAGUCUGGUACACAGACUGGUGUAUCUCUUGUUUGUGGAUCAGACAGCCAUGGUCAAGGGGGCUGUGGUGCUCAAGUCAAAGUUGAUCGCAUUGUUACGCCAAAGAUUCAAACCCUACCAACUGUGCUAGUCAUCAGGAAUAAUAGUUUAAUGGACCGUGAUCUUAAGCGACGUUUGCAUGUAGUGUAUCCGGAAACUCUUGACUUGACGUCUCACACGCUGAAUCAUGUACCUGCAACAUAUACACUGUCAUCUGUUAUAUUUCACCAUGGUCGUUGGGUUAAGCAUUUUUCAGCUCAUGUUAAAACCAUUGAGAAGAAAUGGUUCAACUUUAAUGAUGAGCAGGUGUCAGAAGUCACCAGCCGUCCGACCUCUGGAAACCCCCCAGAAAAUCAUCGAAACUAUUUUAGUGCAGCUAAUGUUGCCAAUAAAUAUAAACAUCGACCUGGGCUCAGGGUAUCUCGAGGUGCGUUUAUUUGGGUCUAUGUUCGUGCAAAUGUUAAUGAAGUUGACCCACCCAUUGUGCCACCUCCUGAAACAGUUGUGGAGUAUGUUUUAUGCAAACAGGAGGAAAGUGUGACUGUUAAUCACCAGUUGCAAGCCAAAGUAAAAAAAGAAAGAAAAGAAUUGCUGACCAAGCUGUGUGUGACUGACACAUCGGAAAAAUUCUGUCUUAUUUCAGAACCUCUCUUAAGUGCCUGGUAUAACUGUGAUGAAAUCAAGUAUGUACCUCAGUCGUCGCUGCUAACUUAUUCACUUUGUGAACACAAGCUCUUUAGCCCAAGAAAAGUGCAUAUGCUCAAAUGUUUAAGAGCUGAAAAUGUAAGCUUACUCUCUUCUGAUGAGUGUGGAAUUCAUUUACCAGAAUCCAUAAGUAAAUUGAACCUCCCGUUAACAUUAUCCAUUGAAAAUGGCUGCUGCAAAGAGUGUACAGCAAAAGCUGUGAAUCACAUUCUUUUCAUUGAAAGAAUUAAAAAUCUUCAUAAAGAAGCAAAGCGGGAUGCUCGUCGGGAUCACGAGGGAGCUACACAAACCAUAGGGUCAGAAACAUUAGAAUACUGGCCCCGAUUAGCAUUAAGUGCCUAUGUAAAAGAUAAUGGAUUGGACACAGAAGAAGAGGAGCUUGAAGGCUGUGGUGAUUCAAGUAAAGUGAAAUCAGAUGAAAGUGACAAAGUUGAGGGCGAGGGAAGUAAGUUAAGUAGACCGCAACAUGUGAAUGGAGAUCAUUGUGAAGAAAAAAUGGAAACUGUUACCUCCUCUAGCUGUGAUAUAACAAGUUGUGUGCCUGAAAAUGAUAAUGUGAAUGGCUGUGAUAAUCAGACAAAAGACAUCAGUGCAGGAAAGGUCUGUGAUAGUGUAGUUGGUAAAGAGGACAAAGACUCCAGCAAGGAAGCUGGCGAAACUAAGGACAUAGACAGUAGCAAAGUUAAGGAUAGCAAAGAAUUGACCAAAGAAUUACUUUUGUUCAAUGAAGAUCUGGUGUGCCAACAUAAUCUUCAGACUCCAAAUGCCACUAUGUACAAAAUUGCUGCUGCUCUUGCUGCUGAGAUUAUGGAGUUGUGUGGCAGUUCAAUACAUCCAGCAAUCUAUCAGGAAGACUUCAGCUCGUGCCCUGAAUGUUUGGCUCAGUUGGAAGAAUCCAAGCGAGCUUGUGGGAGUGGCCUGCAACAGAAAAAACAGCUGGCCAACCUUUUCAAGGAAGUCAAAAGACCACAUCCGGUACGUGACCUUGGAAAGAAGGUUUUCUUGGUCUCCAGAGACUUCAUCUCAGAUUGGAAAAGUUAUAUCAGAUCUUGUGAACGAGGAGAGGCACAAUCCCCUGCCAUUAAUGCCCUUGAUAAUUCUUCGCUUUUAUGUCCGCACGAUUCCCUGCUCUUCCCCGUGUACGGUAUGCAGCCACAUGAGUUGACAGAACACAUGCUCUUGGCCUGGGAGGAUGAGUGGGAGGUUCUGAAGCAGCUCUACCCUCCUUCGCACGCCAUUGAGGGCGCCUUCCAAGAUUCGGGCAUUCUUCUGACGACUCCUGGCGUGUGCGAAGCGGGCUGUGUGGAAGACCGGGCGGCGCAGGAGUACGAGGACCAGUUCACCUACGAGUGCGAGCUCAUCCACGUGAGGCAGGUCAACUCCGUCAACGACAUCCCGAGGAGAGUCGUUCAGAGUAGGACUCCUCUGGGGACGUCUUCCGCCCUGAAUAAUGAAAAUCUGGGUCCUCGGAAGAAGCCUCGAUUAGCCUCGAAGGCGAACGCAGGCGCCGCCGGCGGGGAGCGAGGCUCCCUUUCCACCAGCCAUCGCCUCGUCAGGGCGUCCAGGUACUUCUCCUCGACGGACACCAUACGGGAGGUCCAGAACUUGAUCGCCGAAAGGACGGGCAUCUGGCCGAUGCUACAGACGCUGUGGCUCAACGGGGAAGGGCAGGUCGGGUUACCUGGGCUCAGCAUCAAGGACGGGGACGAAGCGGCCCCGACCCAGCUCACCGAUGAACACAGGGCCCUGACCCUCAACAGCCUCAGGGUCCGACCAGGGGACACCAUCUACUUCAGAGCCGCUGUAGAGGAUAUGGAAUUGGCAGCGGGAGACGGAGUCGUUGAAUUCAAUGAGAUGGACGAGGACUGAUUGACCAGUGCCCCUGGCUUCUGGUAUUGGGGACAGUAGCAGUGUUUCCCGGGACCAGGACCUGUCGACGAGUGGAGACUCCUGCAAGGGAGGGACCACGGCGUCAUCAGACAACGGCAGCAAGGACAAUUAGAAUGAACCGUGUCAUUUUUUUCUCUCGUGUCAAAGAAUGGGUGUUGUUUUUCAAGUGUCAUGAGAUGAAUGAUUUCUUUGCAUUUUUUACAUGAUUUUCCUGUUAUCCACUUCAGUGAGGCCGUGGACCAUUUAUUUGCAUUUUUUAAAACGCCAGAUUUUGUUAUCCAUUUGUGUGAACGAGAAAAAUAGUGUUUUGUUUGUAUGUUUUUAAAAUAGAAAGGUACUUGAAUACUUUAAAAGAAACGAAUAGGUGAGACCUGCCUUUUUUGUAUCUAGGUAUUUUGAAUUGUUAUGAACAGGAGGAGAAGUGGGCCAAUAAGAGCGAUUCAAUUUGGAAGGUAUCAGCGUCCUGAUAUGAAAUUAGUUCUGUUUUAGUUUCGUUAUAUUUUUCGCUUAGGGUCACCAGUAUGUCCCAUGAUACCUUUUCUGUGUGUAAAUAAAUAUAUAUAUUUUUUGUAUGGGGGAAAUAGGGGUGGCGAGUAUUGUGCUUGUAAAUGCUCCAUUUAUUUUAUUUCAUUUUUGUUUUCCAUCCAUUAUCUUGUAUCGUACCGAAGUUUUGAUGUCUAAAAGGGUGCUUGUUUACGAUGCUUUGGAGUUCAGGGUAACCAUGGUACUAUUUCUUGAUUAUUAUUAUUAUUAUUAUUAUUAUUAUAUUAAUCCAGGUGUAAGUUAACAUAGUUUUAUUUGUCUUCAUUAUCAUUAUUUAAAAAGAAAUCUUCUAAAUCUACGAUAGUCCCAUGUUAUGAUCCUCCUGCCUAACAUUUCUGAAUUCGUUGCUUGGGGUCAAUGAAAACCGAUUCCUUCGAAAUAUCGAAGAACUUGAAAAUGUCUCGACAAAAUUGCACAAAAAUAAUGAGUUGAAGUUUUUUUAUUGUAAUUGCACAGAAACAUCUCGGUCAUAUUAAGUGCACAGUGCCUUUUCCAUUCUUUUGAGAGGUUUUAAAAAUGUUAAACAAUGACCGUUGAUUUACCAAUUAGUAAUUUAGUUUGGUGGUACACUCAAACGGCUGAUGGAAAUAUGAUCUGUAUUCGGGAGUGGUGUAAGUCAACGAUUUGUUUCACUGAUGCAGUCAGUACACAAUCAUGAUUUUUAUUUUGCAGAAUAUUUCAAGUAACAUUGAUUUAUGCCAAAUACAGCUUACGCUGGAGCAUACGUUACUUGAAAUGGCACCUGCAGCAUUAGAGUGUUGUCAGUACUACGGAUUUUUCGUCAAGGUAAACACAUACAGCGGAAAACUUUUAACAUCAACAAUACAUUAUCUUGCCAGUAAGUUGUGUUGCUCUCUUGCAGUAAUGACGCAACCCUCUCUCUCUCUCUCUCUCUCUCUCCUUUAUGCAUUUUAUCUAAUACCUUUAAAUCAAAUUGGUUAAUGCUAGAUGAAUUUUUUUUUUAAAUUGAGACACUUAUCUAUCAGUUUGUUGCUUAUCUCUCUCUCUCUCUCUCUCUCUCUCUCUCUCUCUCUCUCUCUCUCUCUCUCUCUCUCUCUCUCUCUCUCUCUCUCUUAUAUAUAUAUAUAAUUGACUUGUGCCCUGAACAUGAUAGAUGACUUAACCACAGAAAGAGAGAGAUAAUAAGCGGCUGUAGGUGUUCAUGAAGCCCAGAAGUCAUGCCAGCUAGAUCAUUCCACCUGUGAGAGCCUUUUCUGAAAGAAUGCUCAUGAUUUUUCGGUUCAAUUCCAGAGGGAAAUAAUCCCUCCAACCCAACUACCUGAUUCUUGUAGAACUGUUGAAUCGUACGGUGUCAUCUGUGGAUUCAAAUUCUGAAUGAAUUUUGCACUGAUUAAUUUUGAAGUUGUUUCAAGGUACCGAGAGACGUUAUAUAAAUAUAAACAUACAUAUUUACAUGUCAUACAUAUACACGUCGUACAUGUUUUGCUUCACAAACAUUAAGUCUUUCAGUUGUUUUGCACAAGAGUAGAGCUUUGAGUUUGGCCCACAUUUCAUGUCUGUGAAUCGUCUCGGAUGAAUUUUGGAUGACGAUAUCGUUUAAGAUCCCACCUAUAUUCGACAAGUUACAUUUGAUUCCAUAAUGCCAUUCAUCAAACCUCUUCCUGUCUCGUAUUUGUUAGACGAUACUCGGUCAUGAGCACAGAUUCCAUAAAACCAGCAACCAUAAAGUCGAGUUCUCUCUCAUUUUCACGUGCUCGCUUGUAGGCCCCUCUGGGCUCAGUGUUCUCUGUUUACCUCCCAUGUUUUCCCAGUGAUCCUAAUUUCAUUCAAGCCAAGGCCAUGGGCUACAUGAGGGCCUGUCAUUGACCCUUCCAUUGGCCUUUCCAGUAAAAAAAAAAAAAAAAUCACCCAUCCCCUUAGCUGUUAAUAGCACACGUGACUCGCUUAAUGUUAUACGUGAGUUCAUGUCGGUUGUACAGUCGUCUCACCUGGAAUAGUACCUCACUGGAAAUGUAUCUGGUGGAUAGUUGAUUUUUGUAUCGGGAACACUUACACGAUAAAUUAUAUGUGAAGUUAUUGUAGUGGGUUAAACGUCUCAAGUAUAUAGACUUGUUUAAUCAUUAUAUUUUUAUAUUAUAUAAAUGAAAACAUCAGUACCUGUUGGGUAUUUGAAAUUUUCACGAAGGUAAACGGUGUCAUUCUGUGGUAUGUUGAUGUAAAUAAUGACAUAGUUAUUUUGCUUAAUCAAGGUAGAGUUUAAUUGAGGAAUUCAGCACUUCCUGUUUGUUUGUUUAUGUUAAAAAUGCCUUUUACUUUCUCUCAUGUUAUUGUAUUGAACUGUUUGGGUAGGAAUACUUGCUGUUCUCUCAGAAUCUUUUGCUAUUUCUUUUUAUUAAGAGCCUCGUCGCAUUCAUUCUCAAAUGAAAUUGUGUCGUGAUCGGCCGCAUUUAAAUUAAUGGUAAGAGUGUAAUAAUUCAGAUUAUUUUUUCCUGUUUAUGAACUUACUUACUCUUUGUAAUGUGUGUUUUAAACUGUAAAGAUCGGGAAGAGUUUUUUCUCUACUACAAAGAAUAUACUGGUAAAUACUAUUCCUUCGUGACGAUCAAAUGGUCUCUGAAGAAAGAAUUGGCUUUGUAAGAGGUACUGUAUUCAUUCUUACUAGAGGAGGGCACUUUGUCUUCUUGGUCUAUUCUGCAUUGUGAUCUAACUGGAUCGGUUCCUAUCGAGAAUGAUGGUGUAGCUUACUCAUUUAGAUUAUAUAUAUAUAUAUAUAUAUAUAUAUAUAUAUAUAUAUAUAUAUAUAUAUAUAUAUAUUGUAUUUAUGUAUUUGUUCAUGAAAUAUAUGUUUAUGUAUAUAUGUAUAUUAUAUACAUAUAUAUAAAUAAUUUAUGAAUUUAUUUACAUUUACAAUUCUUUGUUUGCUCACUCUAACGAGGUUGAACACCAUUUAUGGCUAAAAGAGUAAUCCGCUUAUGUUUAAUGCCUGUAAUUUUCCGCAAGGUACAAUGACAUCCUAUUCCUUUUUAGUUAUAGUAAAACGUCUGUCUGUUUCCUUUUUUAAUUUUUGUUCGUUUGCCAGCAUCAGGAAAAAUGUAUAUUAUCCGAUGGCCUUGUUCUUCCGGUGUAUUCAUUUUUGAUGUUUUCAAAUAAAAGGUUCAUGCAGAUCAA